AUUGUACAUAGUUCCUUGAAACCAAGGUUACAGGAGCUUCUUUGGCCUGCUUGGCAUGGUUUUCCCAGACUGUUUUUUUUUCUUUUCAGUCUUUGCAGUACCUGUCCCUGCCAGUCCCCAGUGUCCCUUGUUACAGGUAAGCGCUAGUGCUUUCCAAAGGAGAGGCAACUUCCAGAGUUUGUUUCCAGCUUUGCAGCCACUCCACUACAGCUUUCAGUGCUGUGCCUCUGGGAGCCAAAGCGGACUCAGUUCACCGCUGUGUUUUUGUGCUGUGUGAGGGCUGCAGCUAACAAGAUGGCUGGAAGACCUGAGAAGUGUUUGUCUUUGAUCAGAUUCACUCUCCUCUGUCUGAAAACCGUUAUUUCGUCUAAAACAGCUCCUGAAAUACCAACUAUUGAUCAGGCAUAUUCAAAAAUCAGCAAUAGUAUCACCGUAGAAUGGACUACCGUGCCAGGGGCCACAAGUUACUUGCUCACAGCUGAAGAUGGGGACACAAUCAUUGAGACCACAGUGGCCAAUUCCCCAGGCACUGUGACAGGUCUGAAGGCUGCAACCUUGUACCAAAUCACCAUCAGAUCCAUCAGUGCCUUUGGACGAAGCCAAGCAUCAUCUCCAAAGCAGGCAAAGACAGUGUUGGCCGCACCAAUUCUGGAAGUUAGCUCUCCAAGUCCAGACUCCAUCCUUGUGAGCUGGGACGCUGUAUACAUGGCGAUCGGAUUCUCCGUGUCUGUUAUGCGAGCCAAUGGCUUGGGUAGAAUUUGGAAAGAGAAUACUACAAACACCUCCCUGACCUUCAGCAGUCUGGAUGCUGGGACUCUCUACACUAUAAAGGCCUAUGCUUGGAAUGCCAAUGGAAUCCCCGGGGAUGACUCCACCCGCAAUCAGAGAACCAGUCCUCGUGCCCCUGCCAACAUUCAAGUCUUCUUUGACAGUGGAGCCCUCAAGGCAUCUGUCUCCUGGACCCCGACAGAAGGAGCAUUCAACUACACUGUGGUGGCAUCGAGUGAUUCUUCCCAGCGGAGCUGCAGCACGGCUCUCAGCUCCUGUAGCAUCAGUUCCUUGCAAUGUGGAACAGAGUACCUGAUUUCUGUCUCAGCAAGUAACGAUGCUGGGUCCAGCAAGUCCUGCUCUGCACCGACCCUGAAAACUGUUGCUUGUGCACCUGGAAGGGUGAUGAUCCAGGAAGAGCCCCCUGGUCACUUGUCUGUGGCUUGGUCCAAUGUGGAGCUGGGUGACUACUAUGUGGCUUUUGUGAAGAGUGAUGAUGGUUUGGAGGUGCACUGCAAUACCUCCCUCACUCAGUGCAACUUCUUGUCCGAGUGUGGCUUCACCUACUUCAUUAGUGUGUUUGCCUAUAACAAGGCGGGGCAGAGUCCUCUGGGUGAUGUAUUCAAUUACACCACAGCUCCCUGUUGUCCUAGUGACAUUAGCCCAGUGUUGGUGUCCAGUGACAGGGUGGAAAUUACCUGGUCUCCUGUGCGUGGUGCUGAACUCUAUGAAACCAAGGCCACAGCUGGGUACAGCGUUGUGGCGUGCAACGACACCGCCCCUGCUUGCACUCUCUCUGCAUUGGAUUGUGACACCAAGUACAACGUCACAGUGUAUUCCUUCAGUGAGGUCAGGGGCAGCAAUCUGUCAUGCUCUUCCCACUCUAUCACCACAGCUCCUUGCAGUCCUGAAAUAAAAAAUAUUUCGAAGGAUGCAUUCUCCAUGAUCAAUGUGCACUGGCGAUCGACUAAUGAAGGUGCCACUUACACGGUGACGGCCCAGGGGAAGAAGGGGUUGUUCCAGUGCAGCAGCACAGGGGAGACCUGCAGGAUGGGGGGCCUGCCCUGCGGCGCCAUGUUCUCUGUCACUGCUGUGGCCGAAACUCAGGCGGGAAAGAGCCUGCCCAGCUACAGUGUGCCCCUGGAAACAGUGCCCUGCUGUCCUGUUGGUCUGACAGCAGCUCAGGUCACCCAGUCUAUAAUCAACGUUAGCUGGACUAUUGGGGCAGUGGCUCAAACCUAUGUGACAGUGCUGGAGUCAUACCUUGGGCAGUCUAAGUGUCACACCCAUCAAAACCACUGCCUUCUGGGAUGCAUCACAUGUGGCAUCAACUACACGGUGGCAUUAAAAGCUAUUAGUCCCACGGGACUGACCACAGACUGUGCCUACCAAAGUUAUUCUUCCAGUGCCUGUUGCCCACUGGGGGUCAAAUUAUAUAGGCUGGGCCCUAAUGGCAUCAGGAUCUACUGGCAAGCCUCAAGGGGCUCUGCCAACUAUACCACCGACCUCUAUGGUUCCAAAGGCAUCUUUACAUGUGCCCCACAUGCUGGUCUAAGUUUCUGUGACAUCACCAACAUCCCCUGUGGGGACGUAUACACCGUGAUGGUCUCACCAGUUGCUGAAACAGGACUGAAGGUUACUUUCUGCCCGAAAAAAGUAUAUUCAGUUACCUGUUCUGGUAGUACACUUGGGAUGGUGAUUUACAGAGGGAAGAAGAACGAUACAGCGAGCCCCAGGUAAAAACAGACACUCCACAAGAGUCCCUGUGCUGUUAAUGAGCAGCUAUGGAAACUCGCUAUUAGAAUACAAAAUACCCGUAGGAUAGGAAAAGCUCCUUUGCCCUUCAAAGGAGUAACUCAUGCUCUGUCUUGAGAGGACAAGGUCAAGUGUGUCAUUAGCUGCAGAGAAGUUCAACAUGAGCUGUGGAGAGGAGAGGACUCCACAGAGGAACCGUCCAGAAAGUCCCCUGGAAGGUUGCCAGACUGAGUCAGCACACUGUCACAGCCUGGAAGCAUAAAAGCAAGGCUUAGCAGAAAUUUAUUCAGAGGCUUCAUAUCCAGACACACUACAGAACGUCGCCUAUCCUAAACCCAUAUAGCCCAGGCUGGCCUUGAAGUCUCAACCCUUUUGCCUCAGUUUCCCAAAGUGCUCGGGUGACAGACAUCCACCAUUAUGCUCCAUCACAGACUUUAAUAUGUCCUGGUCAGGAGUCUCUCAACAGCUUGCCCAUACAGCAUCCUCUCUUCAGGAAGAAUGGAAGUGUACCCCCACCACAGUCAAGUCAUCCUCAGGAGGACAACAUUCACCCCAAGACAGGCCUUUGUCGGGGCUUUAUAGCUUGAGUUUGGAGCAGCAGCUGCUAGGGCAACGUGUGGAACAAGCGCCUUCGGCACAAGUUCCUGGGGAAGCUGAGCUGCCUGCAGACUUCACUGAGUCAGAGAGCGCCAUGUGAGCAGACAUCUGCCAGAGCCUCUGGGAAAGCAGAACCAUAGGUCUGUGACUGGAAAGACUGCCAUCAGGCUCUCAGAGUGAGCAAAGAUGUCAGGUGGAGCAGCAGCCAAGGGCAGAGAGUCUCAGACUGUGGCAGACUGACACACACACACAGCCUUUCGGGGGUUCAUCAAUCUUGUAGCCUGUUCUCUAUGCUCCACGCACAUUGUAAUGGCUUCUUUCCAUGACUGGAGAGGGAAAACAGUGAUAUAUAAUAUAAAUCUGUUGUACCUAGAACAAAUGUUUGUCUAUCUACUGCCAGAAAAGUAAUUUUAAAAUAGUAUGAGUAAGAUUUGUGUCACAAAUCCUCAAAUGCAUGGCUGUAGGGUGUGAAAGAAUGGCAUCAGUGACUAAGAGAACAGGCUGUUCUUGCAGAAGACCUGAGUUCCAAUCCAAGCCCUCUCAUGGCAGCUUAUAAACAUCUGUAAAUCUGGUUUGGGCUAGUGGAGGUGGUGGUGGUGGUGGUGGUGGUGGUGGUGGUGGUGGUAAUGGGCCAUAGCUUCCCUCUUCUGGCCUCCAAGAGCACCAGGUACCAAACGGUGCACAUGCAGGAAAGUUAGGCAUGAGGCCAGCAAGGAAGAGAGAGCAAACUUCUUCUCUUGCAUCUUCUUUCCAAGUAUGAGGGCACAUACUGGUAAUCUCAACACUCAGGAGUCUGAGGCAGGAGGAUCAUGAAUUCAAGGCCAGCUUGGCACACAUACUGAAAUGUCUCAACAAACGAAUCAGGGAUGCAAAAUGUGUCACCGAUAAAGUGAUUUUUAUACUAUCAAGUAUCUAUUUUUAAAAGAUUUAUUUUUUUUUUAUUUUACAUGGAUGAAUGUGCUGUCAGAAUGUAUGUCUGGGUACCACAUGUGUAUGCCUGUGGAGGCCGGAAGAGGACAUAAGAUCCUUUGGAACUGGAGUUACAGGUGGUCGUGAGCUGCCAUUUUGGUGCUGGGAACUGAACCCAGGUCCUCUGCAAGAGUAGCAAGUGCUCUUAAUUAGCGAACCAUCUCUCCAACCCCUAUUUAUUGUUUUACAAUUUCACAUAUGUACACUUUGCAUUCUGAAUUCACUCCCCAGUUUUCUGCUGCCCCUGCCCACUCCCCUCACUCUCCACCAAUCUCUCUUGUGUUCCUGAAUGUUUUGUUUAGUGACAUAGAAAGAUUUGCCAGGGCUAUCUGUCAGGUGUGGUGGGCUCAGCAGAGGAUACACAACCAAAAACAGCAUCCCUCCUCUCAGAGCAGCUGCUGAUUGUCAAUGCUUCAGAGGUAAAGGGUGGGGUCCCAUGAGCCCUUUGAUAAAGAGAUCUUUCCCAGACACAAGCCAGUUCUAAAACUGGAGUUAAAUGUUUCAAGAGCACAAAUGGAAGGGGGUUGAGUUUUGUUCACUUAAAAAAAUAUUUCUGCCAGUCAGGAUAAUUCACACCUUUAAUACUAGCACUCAGGAGGCAAAGGUGGGUGGAUGUCUAUGAGUUUAAGGCUAGCCUGGUCUACCUAGGGAGCUCCAGGCCAGCAAAAGCUAGAUAGUGAGACCCUGUCUCAAAAAAUAAAAAUGUUUUUAACUGGGUGCAGAGAUGUAUGCCUUUAAUCCCAGCUCUUAGGAGGCAGAGGCAGAUGGAUCUCCAUGAGUUUGAGGCCAGCCUGGACUAGAUAGUGAGUUCCAGGACAGCAGGGCUAUAUAGAGAGACCUGUCUCAAAAACAAACAACAACCAAUCUAGGCAGUAGUUCUGCACACCUUUGUGUACGCCUUUAAUCCCAGCACUUAGGAGGCAGAGGCAGGCAGAUCUCUGAGAUUGAGGCUAGCCUAGUCUACAAAGCAAGUUCUAGGACAAACAGGGCUACACAAAGAAACCUUGUCUCAAAAAA